CUUUCUCUCACCUCUUCCCUCCCUGAUCAUAUCCAGCAAGUCUGUGUGAGCUUUUCCACUCAGAUGGAGGGAGCAACACAAAGAGAGAGAUAAAGCCAAGAACUAAGUCAUUAUUCUGGAAAGACCUGGCAUAUUACCCUUUACAAGUGGCCACAGAAAUAUAGAGGAAGGAGUUCAUAAUUUUACAGUAACAUACAUACAGAUCCACCAAAGGCAAUACCAUCUCUGGCUAUUGCUGCUGGCUCAAAAAUGCUGUUUACUCUAGGACUUCUCCUCCUUCUCACCCCAUUACCCUCCAUUCAAUCCCCAACCAAUGAGAGGAGAAACUCCACAGGAAGCGACGCGACCAGACCCAAUGCCGUUUUCACCCCGUCAAAACCAAAAACCACUGCUACUCUCGCCAAACAGACCGUUCGCCCAACCCUAAAGUCAAACACAGUCAAUCAGACAGUUUCAUCCGCUCUAGCCGCAGCAGCAGUAAAGGCCUCUACAGUCAAUGAAGUGAAGGCUACCAAAGACAAGCCUGCCCCCACUGGAGCUCCAAAUGUUCAGUCUGCUUCAGCCAGCGGUGCUAAAACCACCAAAGACAAACUCCAACCUUCAGCCAAUCAGACUGUUUCAAUGAAAUCUCCUUCAACCAGUGAUGGGAAGACUGCCAAAGACAAGCCUGCCCCCACUGGAGUUCAAAAUGUUCAGUCAACAGCCCCAAAGUCUGUCCCCGCCAGUGGUGCUAAAACCACCAAAAACAAGCCCACAGCCUCCGUCAAUCAGACUGUUGUAGCAAAAUCACCCUCCACCAAAGACAAGCUUGCCCCCACGGUAGUUCAAACUGCUCUGUCAACACCAGCAAAGGCCGCUGUAAUCAAAGCUCCCGUCGCCACCACCACCAAAGAAAAGCAUGCCCCUGCACAGCCAAUCAAGGUAGUCAUCAGUGAUGGCUGCGACUCGAGCAACGGCAAGGAGCAGGAGUUGAAGCUGAAGCCUGGCGCUCCUCUGGUGAUGACACAUAAGAUCAGCUUGCUGCCUGGUGGCUGCGGCGGGGGAUGUGAGGCCGAGAUGUCGGCACUGAAAGGACGCGUGGCCCGACUGGAAAGAGAGAUGACCUCCUUUAAAGACAAAUGUCCAUGUUCUGCAAAUUGUCCAAAGGACUGUAGUGGCAAUGGGGAAUGUGAGAAGGGAAAAUGUAUCUGCCAACAGGGAUUCAUGGGUCCAGACUGCAGUAAGUGUGCACAAGGAGCCGAGUGUAAUAAAAAAGCCGCCAAAGGAAAGGUCAAGGUAACUGUGGAAACAGUGACCCUGCUAGUGAACAAAGACAAGGAAAGCAUGCAGGAGAAAACCACCAAAGUAGAACAAACACUCUUCCAGAAGAGGGAACAGAAGAAGGGGUCUGAAGCCAAAGAGACUGACACUAGACCCAAAGUGGCUACUAAUGCUAAAGCAGGUCUUGUUAAGACACAAGCAAAACAAGAAGCCUCCGUUAAGAAAAUAACUAUUUCAAGUGCCACAAAGACCAAUCGCCCAACUGUUGGUCAAGCUCUGUUGAAACAUGAGGGAAGAAAGCAGGAAGAGGCCCGCAAAGGCAAAACAACAGUCCUGACCUCUAAAAGGGUCCUCCAAAAAACUGACCUCAAGCUUGUUAAGGAAGGAACUGCCGGUAGAACACAUCCUAAAUCUGACCAACUGAAAGACGAACCUCAAACCAAUGUAACCCAGAGUAAUGUGAAGAAAUCUAAUGGCACGGCUAAAAUUGUGACCAUUCUGACCAAGGUCGUGGGAACAAACAAAACCAGAACAGGGAAGGAGACCAUGGAGCAAUCCACACUGGCCAAGAAAAUCAAAGUAGACACAACAAAUGUGCAAUCUGUUGACAACAGACAAACCGAUGCUGGCAAAAUUGGAAAAGAGAAGGUUACACAAAGGAGUCAGUAUCUAGUGAAUUCAACCGUUGCAGCGACGUCAGGCGAGGCUCGAGUUCUGCAGGAUAAAACAACCACCCAUGGCUCUGGGAGCUCGAAGAGGAUGGGAGGAUCUGGAUUAGGUUCCGUAAAGGUUGUGAACAUCUCCUCCUACAGCUUCACUGUCACGUGGUCAGCACCACAAGGGAUGUUCAAGAACUUCACGGUGAUCAGAAGAGAGCCACAGACAGAAGGUGGCGAAGACGACCACGAGGAGUUUGAAGAGGAAGUUCUUGAAGGAGACAAGGCCUCCACAACUAAGAACACAACUGAAGUCCAGGUUCUGAGUGAGAGCACCAACACAACUGUCGCCUCCGGUAAAGCUGUUCUAUCGAGAGGCAAAGCUGAAACAAAGAGGAUCUCUAUGGUGGUCCCUGGCAGCGUUCGCUCUGUUGAGUUCAGUAACCUUCGGGCAAGCACAGGCUACGUCCUGCAUGUGUAUGGCACUGUAGCUGAGAGGAAAUCAAAGAUUCAUAGAGCAACUGCAAUUACAGGUCCUGAACCAGCCACAGAGAUGGUUUUCAGCAAUGUAACAGAGUCUUCUCUCACUGUUUCCUGGUCCAAACCAAAGACCACAUUCUUCAGCUUCAGGGUCACGUACACCAACAUCGUCACAGGGGAAAGCCGCUUUGUGACCGUGGAGUCUCAGCACUCUUAUGUGGUUCUGUCCAAGCUGUCUGCUGGAUCCUCCUACAUUAUCACUGUAACUACUACACAAGGCCGAGCCCAGAGUGAUGCUCUCACAUCCCUUAUCACCACAGUGCCCGCUCCUCCAACACAUCUGCAAGUUGUCAAUGUGACAGAUACAAGAGCUGUGCUGCAAUGGACCCCCAGUCUGGGGAAAGUAGACCGCUUCAUCGUCAGCUAUGAGUCCUCCAAGACUCCUAAUGUGACAGUGACAGUGAUGCUGUCUGGAAACUCAGUGGAGCACCAGCUGAGAGGCCUGCAGAGAGGCACCCUGUACACAGUCAAAGUCCUGAGCCAGAAGGAUAGUCUGCAGAGCAUGGCCAUCUCGACUACAUUUACUACUGCUAACGUGGUUAAAGCCAAUGAAGUGGGUGCCCGCUCUGCAGUGAUAGCAUGGAGAACUACCACUGUUGUUUAUUACAGCUACAGACUGAUCUACCAGGUGGCAGGAGAGGAGACAAAGGAGGUGAUCCUGGACCAAUCCGUCACAGAGUACAAGCUGACAGGGCUGCUGCCAAUGUCACGUUAUAUUGUUCUGGUACAAGGCGAGAGAGACGGACACUACACAUCUGUUGUCACCACAGAAUUCAUCACAGGCAAACUGCGUUUCCCUUACCCUACCGAAUGCUCUCAGGAGCUGCUGAACGGAGCUCUGCAGUCAGGAGAGGUGGACAUCUACCCGCAAGGAAAAGAUGGAGGUGCGGUCAGAGUCUACUGUGACAUGGAGACUGAUGGAGGCGGCUGGACGAUGAUCCAGAGGAGGAUGAAUGGAAAGACAGAUUUCUACAGAACCUGGAGUGAAUACAGCGCCGGCUUUGGAAACCUCAGCGAAGAAUUCUGGCUCGGAAAUGAGCUCCUUCACAACCUGACCAGUGUCGGCCCUGUGAGUCUGAGAGUGGAUAUGCGAUCUGGAAAUGACACCGCUUACGCUCACUACACCAACUUCUCCAUUGAUUCAGUAGAGAGGCACUACACUCUUACAGUGUCUGGCUUCACUGGAACUGCAGGUGACUCUAUGAGGUACCAUAAUGGACGUCCAUUCUCAGCCCGGGACAAGGACCCUGAUCCUCUGGGGAUCCACUGUGCCAGGGCCUACAUGGGAGGCUGGUGGUACAAGAACUGCUACAAGACCAAUCUCAACGGUCUUUACGGCAUCAACAGUAAUAAUCAGGGAAUUGUCUGGAUAGACUGGAAAGGUAAAGACUCCUCAAUUCCCUUCACUGAGAUGAAGUUCAGACCGUCCAGGUUCUCUCCUGCAACUCACGGCUAAGAUUACUUCAUACAUCUGACAGAGAAUUAAAAGCUCCAGAAAUCCAGAAGACAGCGGAUCUCACAGUUGCUGCAUGUCACUUUCCAACUGAAAUUGCAUGUACAGUGGUUUUGAUAGCUACAACGACAGCUAUCAGUACAUUUGAUUCAAUGUGCAAAAUUUUUUUCUGAUCUGUUUUUUUUUUUCUGGAAAUAUACCAGGAGUGGAGAAAUGUUUUAUUGCAACUUUAUGUAUCCUGUUCUACUGUCGUCCAUUUCAACACGGUUUAUCCUUUCUUGUGCACCACCAUGGUACGCCACCCCACUACUACUGUAAUUGAAUAUGCACUGUCUCACUCCAUUGGAAUAAAUGUGGCUAAUGUG